AUGGCUGGUCCAUCUAAUGCAAAAGGAUCAACUUACAUUCAAGUAGAUGUUCAUUACGAUGGAAUGUUUUCCCCCAUUCCUCAUCUUAUAUACUACCUGAAUCAAAAAACGUCAAUUACAGAUGUCGAUUUUGGUGGAUUAAAUUUCAAGGAGUUCAUUCAUGUUCUUGAGGAUGUCACAAAGGGGAAGUGUCCUGUUGUCUACUACUGUCUUGGGCAUAAGUCAAUGCGUGAUGGGUUGACACCACUGAAAAACGAUGAUGACUACAGGAGGUUUCUUGAUGUUGCACAUGGUAACGAGGGAAAGAUUAAUGUAUAUAUUGAUCACUACAACGAUUCGGUGCUUGACUGGAUAGAGGAAGAAAAGGAAGAAAAAAAUGUUGAUAGUGAAAGCUCUGAUGAAGAUAAAGACUCGGUCAUGUCUGAUGCUCUAUCUGUUGAUCAUGAACCCGAUGAAGAGAUAAUGGAACCAAAGAAGCCCCAAUUUACCCUUUUCAUGACUCAACUCAGAAAUGGGAUACAAUGCAACCCAUCCUUGGACAUUAACAUGGGAAAUGGGGCAGGAUUAACCUUACUUUCUGACCAACACAAGGGUCUUAUUGAGGCUGUUAAAGAAAGAGUACCAGAUGCUGAGCAUAGGCAAUGUGCUAGGCACAAAGAAAAUAGUGGACAAGAGGAAACAUCUAAGGUAUUGGUAUGGCCAAGUACUAAAGCCAAAAAGAAGAAGGGUAAACAUGUUCCUGAUGUUGAGGAUGAGUCUGAAUUUGAGAUUGAAGAGAUGGAUGAAGUUGAAAAUGAGUAUGAAUCUAAGUCUGAAUCUGAGAUUGAAGAGCUGGCUGAAGAUGGUGAUGAACCUGAUCAGGGACAAGUUGAUGAACAAGUUGAAGCUGCUGUUGAAGCUGUUGAAGCUGUUGUUGAACCUGAUGAACAAGUUGAAGCUGUUGUUGAACCUGAUCAGGAACAAGUUCAUGAACCUGAUCAGGACCAAGUUCAUGGACCUGUUGUUGAGGAACCUGCUGCACAACCCGUUGUUGAAGUUGAACAAAGAGCACAACCAUUGAAGAGGAAAAGGAAAUACUCAGAGAGGAUCACUAAAGUGGCAUUAAGGAGGGUGGUCAACACCAAGGAUGGAUGUGGUUUAAGUGUGAAUAAACCUGUUACACUGGAAUGA